CACAAGCAGCGGCACACGCCGCACACUCUCAGAAGCCCGGCAGGCGGUGGUUUGUACGGCGUAUGCUAAGGACUGGGGUGCUCGAUACUUCGAUCACCGCAGCUUUUUGAACUUUGGCUUAUCCCCCGGAAAUCAGCCGUGGAUCUCCGCCUGGUAUAGCGGGCAGGUUGCUUCCUGCGCGCCGAUUUUUUUCUUCCGUGCUGUAGUUCUGUAAGAUACCACCGCCGCCGUCGCUUCGGAAAUCAGAAGGGGUGUGUUUCGGUCGUCCGUGUAGCUUCCUAGCCGGCUAACCGCUUAGCCUGUGAUGUUCUGCGUCUACGUUAGUCGCUCAGGUGUUCCCGUCUGAGUCCAGCUCGAAUGUGACCGUUUCCACGAUGAGUUAUUUUCUGCCUCGGACUGUUAUUUCGAGUUUUACAAACUAACGACGGCAGUCAGUUUUCCCGUUUCCCUCGCUCUCAGUUGGCUCUCUGGCUAGCUGGCCAUUUAACACAUCGGGUUAUCAUUAUUAUUUUUUUGGAUCGACGACGUCGAUUGACUGAAUUGUACAAAAUGUCGGAUAAUCAGAGCUGGAAUUCUUCUGGAUCCGAGGAGGAUCUAGAGACGGAGUCCGGUCAGCACUACGCCGAGUUCAGCGGGAUCCUUAGCAAGUGGACCAAUUACAUUCACGGGUGGCAGGACCGCUGGGUGGUGUUGAAGAACAACACACUGAGCUACUACAAAUCACAGGACGAGAGGGAGUAUGGCUGCAGGGGCUCGCUGUGCCUGAGCAAGGCUGUAAUCACGCCCCACGAGUUUGACGAGUGCCGACUGGACAUCAGCGUCAAUGACAGUGUGUGGUACCUGCGGGCGCAAGACCCAGAGCACCGGUCCCAGUGGAUCGAGUCCAUCGAGCUGCACCGGGCAGAGUCUGGCUACGGCUCGGAGACCAGCCUCCGUCGCCAUGGCUCCAUGCUGUCCCUGACGUCAGCGGCCAGCAGCUACUCGGCCACCUCCGCUUCUUCCUUUAAGAAAGGUCAUAGCCUGCGUGAGAAGUUGGCAGAAAUGGAGACCUUCCGGGACAUCCUGUGCAGACAGGUGGACACCCUGCAGAAGUACUUUGAUGGCUGUGCAGACGCUGUCUCCAAAGAUGAGCUGCAGAGGGAUAAAGUCGUGGAGGACGAUGAGGAUGACUUCCCCUCGACUCGCGUGGACGGCGAGUUCCUGCACGGCCAUAACGGCGCCAAGGAAAAACUGCUUCCAGUUCUGAGUUCCAAGGGGAUAAAUGGGAUUGAUUUCAAAGGAGAAGCGAUUACAUUCAAAGCCACCACUGCCGGAAUCUUGGCCACCUUGUCGCACUGCAUCGAGCUCAUGGUGAAGAGGGAGGACAACUGGCAGAAGAGGCUGGACAAGGAAAUGGAGAAGAGGAAAAGGGUGGAGGAAGCCUACAAGAUUGCCCUGUCAGAGCUGAAGAAGAAAUCUCACUUUGGGGGCCCUGACUACGAGGAAGGUCCAAACUGCCUCAUCAACGAAGAGGAGUUUUUUGAUGCAGUGGAAGCUACCCUUGACAGACAGGACAAGAUUGAAGAACAGUCCCAGUCUGAGAAAUCCAGGAUACAUAGGUCCAGUCCAGUGCUGCCUGCAGACAUAUACUCCUCCAUUGGCACCCACAGAUUCGCGGAGAAGGUGGAGGAGAUGGUGCAGAACCAUGUGACCUACUCCUUACAGGAUGUGGGUGGGGAUGCCAAUUGGCAGCUGGUAGUUGAAGAGGGCGAGAUGAAGGUGUACCGGAGAGAGGUGGAGGAGAACGGCAUCGUUCUCGACCCGCUGAAAGCUACCCACUCGGUUAAAGGGGUGACGGGUCACGAGGUGUGCCACUACUUCUGGGACACCAACGUGCGGUAUGACUGGGAAACUACCAUUGAAAACUUUAACGUGGUGGAGACGCUGUCUGACAGUGCCGUCAUUGUCUAUCAGACGCACAAGAGGGUGUGGCCCGCAUCCCAGAGGGAUGUUCUCUACCUGUCAGCGAUCCGCAAAAUUAUGGCCAGCAACGAGAGCGACCCGGAAACCUGGCUAGUCUGCAACUUCUCAGUGGAUCACGAAAACGCUCCGCCCAACAGCAGGUGUGUUCGUGCCAAAAUCAACAUAGCCAUGAUCUGUCAGACUCUGGUCAGCCCACCAGAGGGAGACAAAGGCAUCAGCAGAGAGAACAUCACAUGUAAAAUCACCUAUGUGGCUAACGUGAACCCAGGAGGCUGGGCACCAGCAUCCGUACUGAGAGCAGUGGCCAAGAGGGAGUACCCCAAGUUCCUCAAGCGUUUCACCUCUUACGUCCAGGAGAAGACUGCCUGCAAGCCCAUCCUUUUCUAAGCCUGCCAGGUACUUCACCUGAAAUCCAAGGCCAAAUCAGGCCCACGAAGAAGCCCCCCCCCCCACCUCCCCCUGACUUGAUGGCGCCGCUCUGCCAUGGAGCGACAGACUGACUGCACAUUCCUGAGCUGGUGGACCUCCAGCAGCAGAGGGCACUAGGCCGACCAAGCCACCCCACCCCCCUACACUCAGAGCCAAAGCGGCAGUGGGCGUGGCUCGAACCUCCUUGCGGCUUCUGCCACUUCCUGUUCCAGCUCUGCGAAACCAUGGCGACACCAAAGCCACGGGGUCUCCUGUCAGCCACAUGUCACUGUGCAGCUGCACCAUGUCACCUUUGUCUCUCUGUAAAUAUGUUUUGGUGAUUUUUUUUUUUUUUCUUCUUCACCUCCUCCUUUAGAUUCUCCGUGAAUAAGCCAUGCUCUUGUAAAUUUGUUUAAUGCUGCUAAUUUUUCUAAAAACAAAAAAAAAAAACAACAGCAAAAAAGUGGAUUGCUUUAGCCUUCUCUCUUACUUUUCCCUUUUACAACUGUGACGAACUUGCGGACUGUUAGUGACACCUGGUGUUCCUUUCCCCCGGUGAAGGCAAUUGACACUGGUCUGAUGGGGGAACGAGAACAGUCUUUUUUUAUUUUUUUUUUGUCCCUCAGCUGUUCAUAUUUCUGUCGUUUUAGUGUGUGCGUGCGUGCGUGCAUGUGUGUGUGCGUGCUAGAUUUCAAGAAUAGAAAAUGGGUGAAAGAAAACUUAAACAUUGGUGAUGGUGAAUCUGAAAACUUGACACAAAUCAACGAACUUGAAUGUAGCUUUACACGUAUUGAGGGGAACGGCCUGUCCGAUCACGCAGCACAGUUGAUCACAGAACUGAAAGUUGCUUUAAAUUUUAAGUGUGCUGUGUUUAAAUGAUUGGGAGGAACUGGGACCGUCUUAUGACCACUAGAUUAAAGUAUGCGACUAUUUACUGACCUUGUUUCCUUCACCAGUGUUUAAUCUUUUGGGUGUUGUGGGAUUGGCUUCAUCAGACAUUGCACAUGAGAAGUUAAACUUUCGUUUGUGUCCCUUUAGAUCUGAUGCACAUGCCUUAGGGAACAGAAUACUGUGGCCAUCCAGCUGAACCCUUCAAUUCAGAAAGUGCCUCUGUCUUAAUUCUAGAUUAUAAGGGCAUGUGAUCUGUUUCUGGGUACUUCAAGGAAGAUGUGUUUUUUUUUUUGUUUGUGAUUCCCUCAAUGAAAAGCACAUUCUGUCUUGAGUUAACAUUACAUUUCAAGUUUCCCUGCCCCAAAGUUGUGACUUGAGUAUCAGCCAAAGUGUGUCUUCAUAGUGGACACAGUCAGUGACAGGAUUUCAACACCUUUGAGCUCCCUCAGUUGGGGAAAUUUGUAUUGAACAAGCCAGAGAUUCUAUUUCAAUUCUGAUUAAUGAAUUCAGGCUUGAUGAUAUCCGUUUCUCAGUAGUGAGGGAGCAUUUACGGGGUUUAAGGGAGCCACGCAUCCGUCUCUUGUUCAUGGUUUGCACAGUGAAGUUUUUCCCAACUUCAGCUCAUUAUGUCGGUGGUGCUGGUGUCUGACGGAUGCUGUGAAACCUGAAAUUUUGCAGAUGUUUAUACAUCGACUUCUAAGAUGUCUUGGUCUCUGAAUCACACAUCUAUCAGAGAUGCUUUUGGGAAGCUUAGAUGCUAGAUGCUAAAUAGAUGUCUUAUUAAAUUAUUGAUGCUGUUCAGUACCAAGACUUUCAGAAAUAUAUUCAUAUUGAGAUGUAUAUUAAAUUUCCUAAAAAAUCCUAUGGGGAAAAUAUUUCAUCAUAUUAGCUGGUUCUUCGUGUUCUCUUAUUGAAUAUUUAAAGUUUUAAGAAUAAUAAAAAAUUAUGGACACUUUGUGUUGUGCUUAAAAUGUUAUUACAUACCACAACAUUUUCAUGAGCAUGAAUGUGUAUUUUCUCUGAUCUUUAUGACCAUUAACAUAAUACACUGUGCAUAUAGUGCACUGUAAAAAAAUGGAUUAGGUGAGCAUCAUUUGUGAUAGAUUUUUCUCCAUUUAAUACAGAACAUAGAAAUGUUGUUUUAGAAUUAGAAUUAAAGCUUCAUUCAUCA